AUGACUGAACAGGUGUAUCAUUCUAUUUACCCAGACAUUUAUGUCCCGACGGAUGUGUCGCUUCAUCAAUUUCUCUGUGCUCGAAACCCAGACGAUGUACCCGAUGACAAAGUCAUACUGGAAGAUCUCUCUCUGCCAAAGAAAAGACUGACGUACGGCGGUGUUCGAAGAGAUGCAGCAAUUGUGGCGGGCGGCCUAUCUACACAGUAUGGCCUCCGAGCUGGCGACGCCGUGGCUGUACUCGCGCAGAACAGUGUCGAGUAUUCACAACUUGCACACUCUGUCAUGUGGCUGGGCGGCGUAAUAGUUGGACUCAACUGGUUGGCAUCCGCCUACGAGAUACAACACUACCUGGCCAUCGCCCGGCCCAAGCUCAUCGUGGUGGAUGCCCAGUUUCGGCCUCGAGUCGAAGAAGCCUUGAAAGCCAGCAAGCGACUCGACCUCAAGCCUCGGGUGGUUGACCUCGGAGGGGACUCGCCAGAAUCAAUAUUCAAAGUCGCAACGAGGGGCUCAACUCCCCUGCCGCCGUUUGACCUCUCGGGAAAGGACAAUCGUAAGCAUCCAGCGGCUAUAGUCUUCAGUUCCGGUACCAGUGGCAAGCCAAAGGGGGUGCAAUGGAGUCAUUAUGGAGCCAUCGCUCACCUCCUGACUUCAAGGAGUGCAAACCCCGAGAUUCAGAAUGCCCGGGAACGAGAGGUCUUUUAUGCACCGUUUGCACAUAUGUUUGGCCUCUUGGGAGCUGUGCUAGUCCCUUCCUACAUUGGAAAUUAUGUUCUGGCCAUGAAACAGUUCAACUAUGCAGAAUGGAUCGAAGCAAACUCCCGCAUUCGGGCAACCAGCAUGAAAAUGGUUCCGCCCACCGCUGUCGCCAUCACCAAAGAUCCCAACGUAGAGAAGCUCCAGCUUGACAGCGUCAAUACGGUUGUCUGUGCAGGAGGGACGCUGCAAGCGGAGGUGGUGCAACGACUUCAAAGCCUUUUGAAAGGCGUCUCAAUCAUCCAAGCAUACGGCAUGAGCGAGACGGCUGUAGCCGGGUUGAGACCUGGUCGCUCUGUGGAGAAGUCUGGCAGUGUGGGCAGAUUGUUCCCUAGCGUAAAGCUGAGGCUUGUGGAUGAUCAACUGCGAGAUGUUCCUCUGGGAGUCUCGGGGGAAGCCUUGGUCAAAGCCCCUACGGUAUUCAUGGAGUAUCGAGACAACCCGGAAGCUACAGCACUCGAGUUCCACAAUGGAUGGCUCCGGACCGGGGACAUGCUGCGGAUGGACAAAGAUGGGUUUCUUUGGUUCCAGGAUCGAAAGAAGGAGAUGAUUAAGUACAAGGGGAAUCAAGUGGCACCUGCGGAGCUUGAGGAUAUCUUGUCCUCUCAUCCCGACGUUGUCGAGGCUGCGGUGUGUGCGGUGUUCGACUCCUCUCAACAAACAGAGAUCCCUGUUGGUUAUGUAUCUCUGAAGCCGGCGAUCGCGGAAAAGGACUACCCAGCUGUCCUCGAACGGAUCCUCCAGCAUACAAACGGACUGGUGGCACCUUACAAGAAAAUUCGGGGAGGCCUUCACUAUUUGCCCACGAUCCCCAAGAAUCCCACCGGAAAGGUCAUGCGCGCUGCUCUGCCAGCCAGGGUAGAAGCGGCAAAGGUUGCUACAGGGAGGAGUUCGAAGCUUUAA